CUAGUCUUUGUGCUUUCUUGCUCGCGGCACUCGCCACUUGCAGAUCCGUUUGCAAUGGCCCAGCAGCAGCAACAACUGUGCGCACAUCACCAGAGGAGCUUUGUUCUCAACCGCAAGACGCCGACCAUAUCUGAGAACGGAGGCGGCGAGGAGCCCGAAGUGGAAGCCGCCCACUCGAGCCGCCCAACCCUGCUGGAAUUGGCUCUGCACAACUCGAGCCAGCGCUUCUGGGCGCAGCAGGACGUGAUUUCGCCAUUGUUGUCCGCGGGAACGGCGACGACGGCCGCCCCCGCGGGUCGUUCGCAGAGGUCGUUCAGUCUGCCCUUCAUCCAGAAACCCUGCAUCGAGGGCGAGACGUUUUCACGCAAGCUCGGCGUGGACGCGCUUUUCACCACAAUUUCUGCCCUUUAUGGAAAGCUGCUGGUCGUCAUGGGGAUCGCUUUCCCGAUGGCCGAGGUUAUUUCCACCAACGUCCCCGUUUCGUAUUACGAGGGCUUUUACCUCUACCUUUAUUUUGUAAGCCUGAUUUUCCUUUUCUGCAUGUACUGCACCUCUUUCUCGACGUCCCGCUCUUUGAAAUCAAUUUCUGGCCAAAGAAAGUUUUUCGGCGAAUCAGCCCGGACGCCCGAUGACGAGGAAAGUGACGGGGCCACGCAGCAAAAAUUGUUGAGACUACCAAGAAAACAGACCAGAUACGGCAGCUUUUAUCUGAGGAUGGGUGCUGUUGCAUUCGGCAUUGGAAGCAUGAUAUAUUCUGGACUGGAGUUUGGUCAGUACUUUGAGCUGAAGAAAAACACAAAAUGUCACAACGUUUACCUGGCGAUUACCCCAAUCACAAGGAUGGCAUUCAUCAUUGCUCAGAUGAUGUUUAUUUUCAUGAAAAAUAUCCACUUUGAAUCUAGACCCCAGCUAAGAUUAGUCCUGCGAUUUGGACUGAUGCACAUGAUCGCCACGAAUCUUUGCGUGUGGUUAAACGUCUUGAUCCAAGAGACAAAGCACGAAAUUUUGACCUUCUAUGACCCAAACAAUUCCAACGCAAAUGCAUCAGUUUUCAUGCAAAAUGAGUCUCUGGUCGUGGAAAGAGAGAAAAGAGGCCUCGUCGGUAGGCACGACCUCUUCGAGUGCAGACGGACCAACAUCAUGGGUUCGUUGGUGCAAAACGCGAGUCCUUUUCUCUUUCCGUGCACCAUCGAGUACAGUCUGAUCUGCGCCGUGAUCCUGUACGCCAUUUGGAAAAGCGUGGCGUCUGGGCCCGGCGAGCCGUCUUCAGGACGCAACCUGAGGUCCGGCGUCCGAUCUGCGGGCAAGAUCGUGAGUCACCAGGCGUCGCAGCAUUUUUCCGUCGACUGCGCCAACGCGCACCGCGGCCUCUUCAGCGGCAUUCUGGUGCUCGUGUUCACCAUCAUUUCGCUCAUCAUGUUCUUUGUGCUGCUCAAAGAAGAGGAGUUCGCGCUCAUUGCGGUUUACGAGUUCAAUAUUUGCGAACUCACUCUCUAUGUGACCACUACAAUUGCCUGCCUCUGCUGCAUGUUCCAGAUGAGGAACCUCAAAUAUGAUUUGCGUCGGACUUUAGAUCUUGAUAACAUCCUUUUAAUCAUCGCCCAGUCGGGUCUGUACAUUUACAGCAUGUUCUCAAUAAUCGCUGGCUUUUUCUCUGUUGAUGUAACUCGUCCCGGAAUUUUGACCACGGCCUCAUUUUCUCUCAUCCAAACAACCUGCCAGACGAUAUUUGUCUUGGACGCCUGGUGGAAAAGAUGUUCAACCGCGCAAGACAUUCGUCGCAAACCAGGUCGCCAGCUGGUGACUUUCAUGUUGGUGACCAACAUGGCCAUGUGGACGGUGAAUCGGCUGGAAAACACGCGGGCCGAUUUCCACCCUGUGGAGCUGCGCUUCUACGGCGUCUGGGCGUGGACCAUAAUAACUCAUGUCAGCAUGCCGCUGGCAAUUUUCUACAGAUUCCACUCGACAGUUUGCCUCUGCGAAAUUUGGAAGAGCACUUACAAGAUGAGACUGGUGCCUUAAGUGAGGUGCGCUGUCUGGCUUUACAGCCACUAUGGCGUUUUUUGCGACGCAAUACAAUGGCCCUAAAGUCUACGAUUUAAUAUGAUGCUUAUUCUUUUGUAAAAUGUAAUUUUUAUAUUGAGACGAAAAUUUAUUAAAAAGAUUAAUUUUUUCCAUCCAAAAUCUUUGUUUCUCAGAGCAUAAAUGAAACGAAUUGCGUGGGAAGAUGAGUUGUUGGGAAUCAAAGAGAACAGCGUGACUUCUUUCCCUUUGCAUCUCUCGAGCUUGGAGUUAUAUUUCCCGAGAACCCAGACACACAAAGAGAUUUUCCCUCUGUUGUUGUAUUUUUAGCAUUCA